AGGAGGCACACGCUCCUUCUCCUCCAUUCAUCAUUAACCGGACCGAAGAGCGUUCUCACUUCAACCGGAGAAGAUUCAAUCAAACACCGCCAGGUGGUGGAGCAGCUAGAUGAAGCACCGUCCGGUCCUGAAGCACCUCACGUCGUUAAAGAUGUUGUUGUUGUUGCUCGCCGUGUGUUCGCCCGUCUCCUCCGGUCCCGACUGCGCGGACACGAGCGUCGCGGCGCGUUCUCCGUCCGCCGUGGUCGACCCGCAGAGAGCCGAGCGGAGCCGGAGGGCCCACCUGGAGGCGCUGUUCAGCAGGUACGGAGAGAACGGAUCCAUCUCCCUGGACGGGCUGAAACGCCUCCUGCACAACGUGGCGUUGGAGCGCAACAGGACCGUUACCGAGCAACCAGGCCACGCCCACCACCAGGGUGGCCACGCCCACCACCAGGAUGGCCACGCCCACCACAACUCGCAUCUGCAGGAACGCGCCGAACCCUCUGAGAACAGGAAGUUCCCAAAGACCUCUGAAGUCUCCAGAGACCAGGACGGCCACCACGGCCUGCGCAGCAAGAGGGCGGCGGCGGCGCAGGAGGUCGGCAGUGCCCAGCUGAUGGCGAGCUCAGCCAAUGAGAGACGAGACCCGGAGCAUCCCGGUCCUGCAGGGAGGGAGACCACCGGACGGGCCCCCGAGAGCCAGACACUGGCACCCGCGGUCAGCCGGGGGGAGCACAUGCACGCCCAUGACCACGUGCACGCCCAUGACCACGUGCACAGCCAUGACCACGUGCACGCCCAUGACCACGUGAACCAGGAGUUUCCUCAAAACCGAAGUGUGGACAGUAUGGAGUGCCUGAACGCCUCCAGCUUCCUGUCGUCUCACGGCAUGUCUCCAGACGCCGCAGUGACGCUUGCAGACUUCGGCUUCCUGUGCCCCGCCCUCCUCAGCCAGAUUGAUGGCGGCGCCUGCAUCCGGCACCGAGGCCCCGCCCCCGACCACGAGGAGACGGACCACGCCCACCACAACCACUCUAACCACAGGGACCACGACCACGGGGACCACGACCACGUGGCGAUAGCGUGGGUCGGCGGCUUCGUCUCCAUCACCGUCAUCAGCCUGAUGUCGCUGGUGGGCGUGGUGCUGAUCCCGCUCAUGAACAAGGUCUUCUUCAAGUUCCUGCUCAGCUUCCUGGUGGCGCUGGCGGUCGGCACGCUGAGCGGCGACGCCUUCCUCCACCUCCUCCCCCACUCUCUGGGAGGCCAGCACCACCACCACCACCCGGGGGCGGGGGGGCUGCCCCUCCACGAGGGGGAGGACCUGGACGGCGUGUGGAAAGGCCUGGCGGCGCUGAGCGGCGUCUACGUCAUGUUUCUGAUCGAGCACUUCCUGACGCUGGGCAAGAUGUACAAGGACAAGAAGCAGAAGGUCCACAAGAAGUGGGACCAGAACGACCGGGCGGAUCCGGAGAAGCAGCCGGCGCUGGAGGAGAGCGACCUGAAGCCGGCCGAAGAUGUGGAGGCGAACGGCGGCGGCAUGUUCGGCGUGCACGGCGGCGCCGCGUCGGAGGAGGAGCAGGUGAUGCUGGCGCCGCAGGCCUCCGCCUCGGAGGGCGCCGCCUACACCGCCGAGGACUGCGAGAACAAGUGCCACUCCCACUUCCACGACACGGUGGGCCCGGCCGACAGCCUGCACCACCACCACCACGACUACCACCACAUCCUGCACCACCACCACUCCCAGAACCACCACCCGCACAGCCACACCCACUCCUACUCGGAGGAGCACUUCCAGCAGGCCGGCGUGGCCACGCUCGCCUGGAUGGUCAUCAUGGGAGACGGGCUGCACAACUUCAGCGACGGCCUGGCAAUCGGCGCUGCCUUCACUGAGGGUCUGUCCAGCGGCCUCAGCACAGCGGUGGCCGUCUUCUGUCACGAGCUGCCCCACGAGCUGGGUGACUUUGCGGUGCUCCUGAAGGCCGGCAUGACGGUGCGCCAGGCCAUCCUCUACAACAUGCUGUCGGCCAUGACGGCCUACCUGGGCGUGGUCAUCGGCAUCCUCAUCGGCCACUACGCCGAGAACAUCUGCAUCUGGAUCUUCGCCCUCACGGCCGGACUCUUCAUGUACGUGGCUCUGGUGGACAUGGUGCCCGAGAUGUUGCACAACGACGCCGGGGACCACGGCUUUAGCCACUGCGGCUACUUCCUGCUGCAGAACACCGGCAUCCUGCUGGGCUUCGGCAUCAUGCUGCUCAUCGCCAUUUUUGAACACAAGAUCCAGCUGGACCUGGGAUACUGAAGGAUAGGCCCCUCCUACUGAAGGAGCGGCACCUCCUCCUACUGAAGGAUAAGCCCUUCCUCCUAUUGAAGGAUAAGCCCCUCCUACUGAAGGAUAGGCCCCUCCUACUGAAGGAUAGGCCCCUCCUCCUCGCCUGCGUGUCAGGUGUGGUGUGUGAGUGUUCUCGUUUUAUUUCUUAUUUUCCGGCCCGCCCACCUCCGCGUUCAGGCCCAUUUGAUCACAGCGGUUCAUAUUUACGAUAAAUCCAGUAGGACCUGAAAGCAGCACGAGAAAGUUGUUUUGUAGUUUUCCACCACUUUUGAGUCAGUAUUUUAUUUAUUAUUCUGUCUGAAUUCAUCAAUUUUUAUUUAUUCGUGAGCCAACGUGUCACCGAAAUUAUUCCGUCAAACUUUGAAUAAUUUAAAUCAGAAAACCUGAUAAAAUGUUUCUAAAAUCAUUUUAGGAACCAGAACCAGUCAAAAUGUUUUCCUUCUUCCAGAGAGUUGAUCAUUAUAAGUAUUAACAAUAGUGUGUUUGCGUUGGACCGGCUCCCCCUUGUGUCCGUUGGGGCGUACUGCGCCGACGACGUUGAUGUUACAGUUACAGAAAAAUACUUUUUUAAUAUCACUUAAAAUGCUGAAAUUGGUUCUGAAAAGUGCUUCUGCAGCGACAGAAACCACGGAGACUCGAGUUAAAUGCAGAAAUGAUCAAUAAUUAUAAACGUUGUUGUCGUGGUUACUGGCACGAGAACGCAGCUCGACUCAUCGAUGACGCUUCACAUUUACUCGUCUUCAGACUUUUUUCAAAUGAAGGCAGCGGAGGGUGUCGUCCCCGCUGACCUUUGACCUCUUGUGACCUUUGACCUCUCGUGACCUUUGCACAAGUCUGGACGAUAGAAAAGUCUGGACGAUAGAAAAGUCUCAGACGACGAAAUUAGGACGAAAAAUUACAGCGGCAAAAAUAAAAAUGGACUGCAUGUUUUUUGUUUUUUACAUAUCUAUUUUUGUUAUGAACUAUCGUUACGGUCUCCGUUACUGUCACGAUGUCCUCGUGGAGUCAUCGCCGUGGAAACGCCCGAUGACAGCAAAGUCCUUUUCAUUCUUUCUCUCCGUGUUUUGUUCUUUUCUCAAAAGUAAUUUGAAGUUCUCCUAAAAAAAAGGUUAAUGUACUCAGUAUGUGUACAAGAUGCUGUCUGUGUAUUAAUGUCCAUGAGAUGUGUAUUAAUGUGUAUUAAUAUACAUUAAUGUACAUGAGAUCUGUGUAUUAAUGUGUAUUAAUAUACAUUAAUGUACAUGAGAUGUGUGUAUUAAUGUGUAUUAAUAGACAUUAAUGUACAUGAGAUGUGUAUAUUAAUGUACAUUAAUGUACACGGCCGUGUGAUCUAAUUCGCUGCAUUUAGUUCUUUUAUGUUUUUGUCUCAAACUAUGAAGACGUCCCACAAUGCAACGCUGCAAUGUAAACGCUGCAUGGCCUUUUUAAUUAAUUAAUUUAGACUUUACUUUUUGACGAGGCUCAUCGACUGCAGCGCGUUUAAAAAUGAGAUAAAUGCAGGUUUUACUUUUAUUUCUUUUACGAUGUUUCAAUUUAUUUUUCUAGUCCGUCCCAAAAAAAUCUUUAAUUUCUGAGAUAAAAUAAUUAUUGUUUAAAAAGGAGAGCAAAGUGAUUUUGCUGAAAUCAUCACUUUAUUUAUUUUCUAUCGAACAAGAAGCUAAAUGUUAAAGAAUUCUGCAAAAUGUGAACAAAAGUUUAAAAAACGACCAUCAAGUCCAAAUUUGGCAAAAUAAUACAUUUCUGCUGGUGUUUCUGUUAUUUUGUCCACCUCUGUAUUGAUCCGCCAACAUUCCUCCAAAUAAACUUUCAUUGUGUUGAACAGGAA